GGUCCGAGCGCCGGGCGUGGCACCACGGCUGCGGCGGCGGCUGGCGCGGCGGCUGGCACGCCGGCGGCUGGGACCACCACUGGCAGCCCCACUGGGCCCGCGGCCAGUGGGGCUGGCAGCGGCCACGCGAGCCGGGGGGCUGGGCCGCGCACGGCGGCUGGUCGUGGGGCCGAGGCGACGGCAGCGGCUGGGCGGUCGAGGACUCGGACUCCGAGGACACCUGGGAGCUCGAGCGGCUGGGCUGGACCGCCGAGGCGGAGGGCCAGCACAGGUACACUCUGCUGUGGUUCCACUCCUGCCACGGCCGGCCAGACAGCGUGGAGUCGUCGUUGGACUGCCUGCGCGAGCGGGGCGCCUGCCCGGCGCAGAUGCGGGUGGUGGCGCCGGCCGCGCCCAGGAGGUUCUCGCCCUUCCAGGGCCGGCAGACGCACCAGUGGUUCGAAUAUACGACCGACCUGAUGAUGCACGGCAGGGCCGAUCAGGACGACGCCCAGGUGCUCGAGUACCCCGUGGUGCUGUUCCUGGAGGGCGAGCUGGGCCCGGGGCUCCGCGGCGCCUCCGCGCGGGCCGUGCGCCUGCUCGACGCGGCGGGCUGCGCCUUCAAGGCCCUUGGCUGUGCAUGAUACCGCGAACCCGGGCGUGCGGGACGCUGUGCGCGAGCUCAGCGGGGCGCGGGGCCUCCUCGGAAGGGCAGAGCCGCGGAGCGGCGCACACGGACACGACCACGGCAGCGCCGACGACAGCAGCGCUCGCUGUCAUCGCCGAUGUCGCUGCCGGGAUGCCCGGAGCCCCGCGUUCGUGGGCUUCCCUCGGGGGCCGGCGCUGGGAGCCCCCCUCCCGUGGGCGCGGGAGGGCGCCGCCAGGGCUGCAGGGAGGUGCCUCUCCUGGGCCGCCCCCAGCUACAUCCUGAGCACCUCCUCCUCCUCCUCCUCCUCCUCCUCCUCCUCCUCCUCCUCCUCCUCCUCCAGGUCCAGCCUCUCCCC